CCUGUCAGUGCUCAUCAGUGCCACAUGCCAGUGCUCAUCAUCAGUGCCGCCUAUCAGUGCCGCCUAUCAGUGUCAUGUAUCAUUGCUGCCUUUCAGUGUCCAUCAGUGCAGCCUAUCAGUGCCCAUUACUGCAGCCUCAUUAGUGCACAUCAGUGAAGGAGAAAAAUCACUUAUUUACAAAAUUGUAUAACGAAAACUAAGAAAAAACUUUUUUUUUCAAAA